AAAGAGUGACUAACCUAAAGACCACAGUUCACAUGAUGGCGCUGCAGACAUGGGUGUGUGUGCUGGCUGUGUCAAGUAUUCUAGUUCAAGAAUCAAACUCUCAACUUUAUGUGUGCGGCACAACCCCACUCAACAACAGAAUAGUGGGGGGUGAGGAUGCCCCAGCAGGAAGCUGGCCCUGGCAAGCCAGCCUGCACAGAUUUGGUGGCCAUGUUUGUGGUGGAUCCCUCAUCAACAAGGAGUGGGUGAUCUCCGCAGCCCACUGCUUUAACAGACUCAGUACCAGAGGUUGGAAAAUAUUUUUGGGACGACAAAACCAAAAGGGCAGAAACCCGAAGCAGAUAAGGAGAACCGUGUCUAAAAUCAUCAAACAUCCAGCUUAUGACAAAGACACCAAUGACAACGACAUUGCUCUGAUCAGACUCUCCUCACCUGUCAGAUUCACUGACUACAUCAGACCUGUCUGUCUGGCUGCCACUGACAGUGUUUUCAACAGUGGUACAGACAGCUGGGUCACGGGCUGGGGUACCAUCAAAGAAGGAGUCCCUUUGCCGUCCCCACAAGCUCUGCAGGAAGUGGAGGUUCCAGUUCUGGGGAACAGACAGUGUAACUGCCUCAAUGGGGUUGGCUCCAUCACAGACAACAUGAUCUGUGCAGGUCUUCUGGCAGGAGGCAAAGACUCGUGUCAGGGUGACGCUGGAAGUCCAAUGGUGAACAAGCAGAAGUCUGUCUGGAUCCAGUCUGGAAUUGUUAGUUUUGGUUUUGGCUGUGGUCGGCCCAAUCUUCCCGGAGUCUACACCAGAGUGUCCAGUUACCAGUCCUGGAUCAACUCCAAGAUCAGCACCGACAAGCCAGGCUUCGUCCAGUUCACCUCCAGUGGGGUGGAUGCUGACAGCAGUUACACCUGCCCUGGGCUGCCUCCCCCUGCCACUGCAGGUCCUGCAGUUAUCACCUCAUCUGGUUCUACAACUACAGCACCUGCCAUAAUUGUUACAACUACAGCUCCUGCCAUACUUGUUACAAGUGCUGAGGUGUGUGGAAGAACCCCACUCAACAACAGAAUAGUGGGGGGUGAGGAUGCCCCAGCAGGAAGCUGGCCCUGGCAGGCCAGCCUGCAGUUAUUUGGUGGCCAUGUUUGUGGUGGAUCCCUCAUCAACAAGGAGUGGGUGAUCUCCGCAGCCCACUGCUUUGACAGCUCAAACCCAAGGGGCUGGACAGUUGUCUUGGGCCAACAGAACCUGGAGGGUAGUAAUCCCAACGAAGAGUCCAGAACUGUUGCUGAGAUUGUCCUCCAUCCAGCUUAUAACAGCGACACCAGUAACAACGACAUCGCUCUGCUCAGACUCUCCUCACCUGUUGGCUUCACUGACUACAUCAGACCUGUCUGUCUGGCUGCCACUGACAGUGUUUUCAACAGUGGCAUUGACAGCUGGGUCACUGGCUGGGGUGCCAUCAGAGAAGGAGUGGCUCUGCCCUCCCCACAAGCUCUGCAGGAAGUGGAGGUUCCAGUUCUGGGGAACAGACAGUGUAACUGCCUCAAUGGGGUCGGCUCCAUCACAGACAACAUGAUCUGUGCAGGUCUUCUGGCUGGAGGAAAAGACUCGUGUCAGGGUGACUCUGGAGGUCCAAUGGUGAACAAGCAGAAGUCUGUCUGGAUCCAGUCUGGAAUCGUUAGUUUUGGUUUCGGCUGUGCUAGGCCCAAUCUUCCCGGAGUCUACACCAGAGUGUCCAGUUACAAGUCCUGGAUCAACUCCAAGAUCAGCACCGACAAGCCAGGCUUCGUCCAGUUCACCUCCAGUGGGGUGGAUGCUGACAGCAGUUACACUUGCCCUGGUCUACCACCCCGUGCCAAUGUUAUGCUUGCCUUUACUUCACCAACUGUUUCUACAACGAAAGCACCUGCCAUAAUUGUUACAAGUGCUGAGGUGUGUGGAAAAACCCCACUCAACAACAGAAUAGUGGGGGGUGAGGAUGCCCCAGCAGGAAGCUGGCCCUGGCAGGCCAGCCUGCAGAAUUUUGGCGGCCAUGUUUGUGGUGGAUCCCUCAUCAACAAGGAGUGGGUGAUCUCUGCAGCCCACUGCUUUGACAGCUCAAGCACUGUUGGUUGGAGUGUAUCCUUGGGCCGACAGAACCUGGAGGGUAGUAAUCCCAAUGAAGAGUCCAGAACUGUUGCUGAGAUUGUCCUCCAUCCAGCUUAUAACAGCGGCACCAGUAACAACGACAUCGCUCUGCUCAGACUCUCCUCACCUGUUGGCUUCACUGACUACAUCAGACCUGUCUGUCUGGCUGCCACUGACAGUGUUUUCAACAGUGGUACAGACAGCUGGGUCACUGGCUGGGGUGCCAUCAGAGAAGGAGUUCCUCUGCCCUCCCCACAAGCUCUGCAGGAAGUGGAGGUUCCAGUUCUGGGGAACAGACAGUGUAACUGCCUCAAUGGGGUUGGCUCCAUCACAGACAACAUGAUCUGUGCAGGUCUUCUGGCAGGAGGCAAAGACUCGUGUCAGGGUGACUCUGGAGGUCCAAUGGUGAACAAGCAGAAGUCUGUCUGGAUCCAGUCUGGAAUUGUUAGUUUUGGUUUCGGCUGUGCCCGGCCCAAUCUUCCUGGAGUCUACGCCAGAGUGUCCAGUUACCAGUCCUGGAUCAACUCCAAAAUCAGCACCGACAAGCCAGGCUUCGUCCAGUUCACCUCCAGUGGGGUGGAUGCUGACAGCAGUUACACCUGCCCUGGGCUGCCUCCCCCUGCCACUGCAGGUCCUGCAGUUAUCGCCUCAUAUGGUUCUACAACUACAGCACCUGCCAUAAUUGUUACAACUACAGCACCUGCCGCACUUGUUACAAGUGCUGAGGUUUGUGGAAGAACCCCACUCAACAACAGAAUAGUGGGGGGUGAGGAUGCCCCAGCAGGAAGCUGGCCCUGGCAGGCCAGCCUGCAGAAUUUUGGCGGCCAUGUUUGUGGUGGAUCCCUCAUCAACAAGGAGUGGGUGAUCUCUGCAGCCCACUGCUUUGACAGCUCAAGCACUGUUGGUUGGAGUGUAUCCUUGGGCCGACAGAACCUGGAGGGUAGUAAUCCCAAUGAAGAGUCCAGAACUGUUGCUGAGAUUGUCCUCCAUCCAGCUUAUAACAGCGGCACCAGUAACAACGACAUCGCUCUGCUCAGACUCUCCUCACCUGUUGGCUUCACUGACUACAUCAGACCUGUCUGUCUGGCUGCCACUGACAGUGUUUUCAACAGUGGUACAGACAGCUGGGUCACUGGCUGGGGUGCCAUCAGAGAAGGAGUUCCUCUGCCCUCCCCACAAGCUCUGCAGGAAGUGGAGGUUCCAGUUCUGGGGAACAGACAGUGUAACUGCCUCAAUGGGGUCGGCUCCAUCACAGACAACAUGAUCUGUGCAGGUCUUCUGGCAGGAGGCAAAGACUCGUGUCAGGGUGACUCUGGAGGUCCAAUGGUGAACAAGCAGAAGUCUGUCUGGAUCCAGUCUGGAAUUGUUAGUUUUGGUUUCGGCUGUGCCCGGCCCAAUCUUCCCGGAGUCUACGCCAGAGUGUCCAGUUACCAGUCCUGGAUCAACUCCAAAAUCAGCACCGACAAGCCAGGCUUCGUCCAGUUCACCUCCAGUGGGGUGGAUGCUGACAGCAGUUACACCUGCCCUGGGCUGCCUCCCCCUGCCACUGCAGGUCCUGCAGUUAUCGCCUCAUCUGGUUCUACAACUACAGCACCUGCCAUAAUUGUUACAACUACAGCACCUGCCGCACUUGUUACAAGUGCUGAGGUUUGUGGAAGAACCCCAUUCAACAACAGAAUACUGGGGGGUGAGGAUGCCCCAGCAGGAAGCUGGCCCUGGCAGGCCAGCCUGAAGCGAUUUGGCGGCCAUGUUUGUGGUGGAUCCGUCAUCAACAAGGAGUGGGUGAUCUCUGCAGCCCACUGCUUCUCAAGCUCAAGCACGGUUGGUUGGAGUGUAUCCUUGGGCCAACAGAACCUGGAGGGUAGUAAUCCCAACGAAGAGUCCAGAACUGUUGCUGAGAUUGUCCUCCAUCCAGCUUAUAACAGCGGCACCAGUAACAACGACAUCGCUCUGCUCAGACUCUCCUCACCUGUUGGCUUCACUGACUACAUCAGACCUGUCUGUCUGGCUGCCACUGACAGUGUUUUCAACAGUGGUACAGACAGCUGGGUCACUGGCUGGGGUACCAUCAAAGAAGGAGUCCCUUUGCCGUCCCCACAAGCUCUGCAGGAAGUGGAGGUUCCAGUUCUGGGGAACAGACAGUGUAACUGCCUCAAUGGGGUUGGCUCAAUCACAGACAACAUGAUCUGUGCAGGUCUUCUGGCAGGAGGCAAAGACUCGUGUCAGGGUGACUCUGGAGGUCCAAUGGUGAACAAGCAGAAGUCUGUCUGGAUCCAGUCUGGAAUCGUUAGUUUUGGUUUCGGCUGUGCUAGGCCCAAUCUUCCCGGAGUCUACACCAGAGUGUCCAGUUACAAGUCCUGGAUCAACUCCAAGAUCAGCACCGACAAGCCAGGCUUCGUCCAGUUCACCUCCAGUGGGGUGGAUGCUGACAGCAGUUACACCUGCCCUGGGCUGUCUCCCCCUGCUACUACAACUAUCUACACGUCCAAACCAACCUUGGCCUCCACUGCGUCCUCAGCUCGCACAGUGUGUGGGAAGAACACGGUCAGUCCUGGCAUAGGUCCCCUUGUUGCCGCGGGAACCUGGCCCUGGAUGGUUAGUCUCCAUAGAAACGGAUCACAUGUUUGCAGUGGAACUGUAAUCACUCAGCAGUUCGUCCUCAGCGCUGCCCAGUGCUUCCCCAGCUCACAUUUGAAUGUGAGUGACUGGACCGUAUACCUGGGAUACCAGCUGCUCCAAGUUUCCAUGAGCGUUGUGAACAUCUCACUGAGCAACCAGACAGGCCCCAAUGUGGCAGUGCUGCAGCUGGCUGAGCCUAUCAACUACAGCGACCUCAUCCAGCCUGUGUGCGUGGACCAGGAUGACGUGCAGGCCUUCCCCUCUGGCUCCAAGUGCUGGCUGGUGGGCUGGACUGGGAAUGGCUCAGCUAAAUCUGUCAUGAGCGAAAUGGAAACCAAUGUGACGAGCUGUGGGAACAUGUCCUCCACUGGGAACAUCUGCACCAGCUUCAUCAACAUCCAACAGGGAGACCAGGGAGGCCCGUUGAUGUGCCAGUCUGGCUCCUCCUGGUUCCAAGCAGGACUGAUCACUACAGACAACAGCAGAGCAGCACGUGCUGAGAAAAUACAGACGUUUGCCAUGACAUCUGUGUUUGGGGCGUUCCUGAAGGAGACAGUGGGCGAUAUGCCCUCCCCGGCCACCGUCGCUCCCGCCGUGGGAAAGGCAGCCCACAUCUUCCUCCCCCUCUUCUUCUCUCUCUCUCUCCCCAUUCUUUCCAUCUUCCUGCUUUCUGGUUGAUAGUUCUCUCUCUCCAUUCUCUCUAUCCUCCUGAUUUCUGGGUGAUGGUUCGUCUAAACAGCACAAGGUUACAGCACUGAAGUUGGAAAUUCCCCUACCAUUUGUAACCUUUCACACCACUACCAGGGAGAUUUGAUCUGGUUUGGUUACAUGUGUUCUACCAAAGACAAACAGAAGCACUUUUAACAGUUUGACAAUAUGAAGGAAACUAGGUUUGUUGUAGCAUGUGCUAGCCACAAUCAACACAUGGAAAUCAAUAGAAAUGUUGUAUUUACUAAUGUUGCCUUAAGAUACUGUAUGAACAUAAAAUGAAGUCUAGUCACUGAUUUGUGCAACCUCAAUAUGAAGAUAUUCUCAGUGGAGAAAUCUUACCGUUUGCAUAUUGUUGACUUUUGAAAGGAAUGAAUAAAUAAUUAAUAAUGA